AUCAGACUGUAACAAAGAAAGAAUUAAUAUAUCUUACAUCUCUAAUGAUUAAAAUGUUUAUCACAUUGAAGACUAUUUGUAAAAUUUCUGCGUUCAAAUAUUCAUACUCAUUAACUUGUUUUAAUUACCAAUAAACUUUUAUAGAUGUUCAUAAGAAAAAUAUUGAAAUAUACAAAAUUUUUGAGUCUAUACGAAAUUGUUCUCAAAUAUUGCAGUUAGUGAAGUGAAAAGUGUUGUGAUUUGGAUAAAAUGAAAAUUUGAGAAAAACCGAUUUUCAAAAAUUAAAAAAAGUGUUUUAAGAAAAAAAAAUAUAAUUAAGUAAAAAAGACAAGAUGAACGAUCCUAAAGAUUUUGAAACAGCCAUUGAAGCAACUGGUUUUGGUUUGUUUAACUUAAUAUUGUUAUCAGUAGCGAUUCCUUCGUGUUUAGCGACAGUAUAUGAAACAUCAACCAUGUCAUACAUUCUGCCAAGUGCUGAAUGUGAUUUAAAACUUGAUUUAUUGGAUAAAGGCAUUUUAAAUGCUAUCACUUAUGCUGGAAUGAUAACAUCAGCUAUUGGAUGGGGCUUCAUUGCUGAUACAAAAGGAAGAAAAAAAGUUUUGGUUUUUGGUUUUUUGGCUGAUGCCGUAUGUGCUUUUGGAGGAGCCCUAAGUCAAAACUUGAUUUCUUUGAUGAUAUUCAAAUUUCUUGGAGGCUUUUCGGUUUGUGGUCCGUUUGCAGUUUUAAUGUCAUACAUGACAGAGUUCCAUGGAACUAAAUAUCGUGCUAGAGUAAUGAUGGUUAUUGGAAUGCUCUUUUCUAUAGCAACAUUAUUACUGCCAAUACUUGCGUGGAUAAUUCUACCCAACACUUGGGAUUAUUCAUUAUUUAAUGGAUUAUUUGUAAUUCAUUCGUGGAAGGUAUUUCUUGCUGUUUGUGCUCUGCCAAGUCUUACAGCAGGCAUCGCAUACAUAUUCUUACCCGAAACACCAAAAUUUCUUAUGUCACAAGGACGAAAUGAAGAAGCUUUGGUAGUAUUACAGACAAUUUAUUCUAUUAAUUGCAGGAAGCCAAAAUCAACUUAUCCUUUUGAUAGUUUGGUUGAAGAAGCUCCUCAAAAAAUUAACAAAGAAGAUAUUUGGACUGUUGAAAAAAGUAAAGGGGAUAGUGAGCCACCAGCAAAUACAUCUUUUCAUUUUUUGAGAAAAGGAAUAAAACAACUUAAGCCUAUGUUUUCGAAAAAAUAUUUGGGAUACUCGUUGAACAUUUAUACAAUGCAGUUUUGUAUUUUGCUUGGAUUAAAUACAAUUCGUUUAUGGCUUCCACAACUUUUUACAUCUAUUGAAGAAUUUAAAAAUAUGCAGGCUCUUCAUGGUUCAGAAGGAGCAAAUGAUUUGUGUGCUAUGAUAGAUUAUAGUGUUAAUAAGGCAGCAACUAUUAUAACCGGAUCGUCAGAUACCUGUGAAGUUAAAAUAAGUGAUAAAACGUACAUCAAUACAAUAAUAGUGGGUUUGUCUGGCUUGGGUGGAUAUUUUGUGGCUGGAGGACUUAUAAACGCUCUUGGAAACAAAUGGAUAUUGAUCAUAGCACUCACAACAUCUGGGGUUUGUGGAUUCUCAAUGUAUUGGACCACAAGCUCCUUGUCAACAUUGAUAGUUUCUUCAAUAUAUGUUACAGUGGGAAGUAUUGGAUCAACUUCCUUACUGGGAAUAAUUGUUAACCUUUUUCCAACAUCAUUAAGAACAAUGAUUGUUUCGAUAACUAUGAUGUUUGGUCGUUUAGGAGCACUUAUAGGAAAUAUUUUGUUUCCAUAUUUUAUGUCACUUGGAUGUCUUCCGCCAUUUUUUAUGGUUGGAUGUGUAAUGUUCAUUGCCGUAGCUCUGGGAUGUAUUCUACCUGCAACACAUAAAACAUCAUUGAAGUGAAAACUAGCUAAAUUAUAACUCAAUUUGUUAAAAUAAUAACUCAAUAACUGAUGUACCUAUUAAGAAAUUAUAAUUUUUAAAUAAUUCAAUAUUAUGUAGAUAUAACUUAAGAAUAAAAACAAAUAAUAAUUUGUUUGUGAGUAUCUCAA